AAUGGUGCCAAUCAAAAUUCCACAAAAGAUAGUACUAAGAAUGUCAACUUCAAUUUCUCUGCAUGAUAGAUUUUCUAAAAUUGCCGAAUCCUCAAGCCAUGAAGACACUCAGCUUUUUGAUAUUCUGCAAAGACCUACCAAUGGCGAUGCAAGUGACACACUUACAGAUAAUAGCUCGGAAAUUGAAGAUUAUUAUAAUAAUCGCAAGAAAACUCCCAAGCAAAGAAUCGUUCUAGCUCGACCUCUCCCUAUUGGCAUGCGAUAUACAAAUGUGGAUAAAAUUAAAACGCAAAGAAUCAGCGUUUUUGAGAGAUUAGGAUAUCCUCGGAACAGGAGUUAUUACAAACAACCUCAAGUUAAGUCAGUUACAAAAGAACAAUUGGAUAAGGAAUUGGAUGAUUAUAUGAUAGAAGGUGUCGCUCUUAAUUCGAAAACGUGCCAUACUUUUAUCGCAAUGUCAGGCGGUCGAGCACUAACAGCAACUGUAAGAGCUGUUUCACAGCGAAAAUUUAAACCAACGAAAGCCCCAAUAAUUCUAACAGAAGCCGCCGUAUCUCAAGUAAAAACUCUGCUGAAGUUAAAGCCAAAUUCACAAGGUCUAAAAAUUGGAGUGAAAACAAGAGGCUGUAAUGGCUUAGCUUACACAUUGGACUACUUCACGGAAAAAUCUAAAUUAGACGAGCAAGUUAAUCAAGAUGGUGUGACCAUAUUAAUUGAUAGAAAAGCUCAGCUUUCUUUAUUAGGGACUGAAAUGGACUAUGUUCAAGAGCCUCUCAGCUCGCAAUUUGUGUUCUACAACCCAAAUAUUAAAGGAACGUGUGGUUGUGGAGAAAGUUUUAACAUAUAA